AUGUUUUGGUUUACUCUUUUGACUCUAUUUUCUGUCAGUUCGGGUGCCAACAUUUUAUUGAUGUUCCCUUUAUCACCGAAGAGCCAUGUCAAUUCAUUUGUGCCUGUUUUCAAGAAGCUCUCAGAGAAUGGUCACAACCUCACGAUGGUUUCAUCCUUCACACAUAAUUAUCUUAUAAAGAAUUGUACCUACAUAAAGAUUAGAAAUGUGGUUGAGGAGAUGUUUUUUAAGAAGCCAGACUCCGUUAAAGAGGCGCGUAAAUAUUCUAACUCACUAUUCUCGUGGCCGUUUAUGAGGAAACUGCAACUACAAAUGAUAGAGACUUGCCUGAAAGGAAAUUGUUUGAGAGAGCUGAUGGAGGGAAAUUACGAAUUCGAUCUGAUGAUAUCCGAAUCUCUUUAUUUGUUUGAAGUAUUUAUUGCAUUUGGGCAUGUCUUCAAUGUUCCAGUGAUAAGCAUUGAUGCCCACCCACCUUCAGCUUGGUCAUCUUACCUUACUGGGAAUGUCCAUCCAUAUUCUUAUGUCCCCAAUUAUCGAAUUCCAAUGACUGAUCGUAUGACGUUUAAAGAAAGGCUGAUGAACACUUUACUCAACCUUCAAGAGGUUCUGGGGUCUUAUUAUUUCUUACCAGAACAGGAAAGAAUAAUGAGGACCUAUUUAAGUUAUAAUGGUACAUAUGAUUUCCCACCAUUGUUGGACAUGCUACAAAACACUUCCCUCGUUUUAGUUGAUGCCCACUUCUCUUUGGGUUAUGUUCGACCCUAUCUCCCGAACAUAGUUGAGGUUGGGGGUAUGACGUCUCAUGGAGGCAGCGAGCUAAACGAGGAGUUGCAAAAGUUCAUGGACGAAUCAGAACAAGGUGUCAUAUAUUUUUCAUUUGGAACCAUAAUGAACUUAACAUUAAUGCCUGAUGAAUCGAUGGACAUUUUCAAAUCCGCGUUUGGACAGUUAAAGCAGAACGUUAUAAUGAAGUGGGAAUCAGAUCAUUUCCCAAACAAGCCUAAAAAUGUCUUAGCAAAGGACUGGUUGCCGCAAAAUGGAAUCUUAGCUCAUCCUAAUUGCCGUCUUUUCAUUAGCCACGGAGGGAUACAUGGAUUGACUGAAGCAAUAUACCACAAAGUACCUCUUGUUAUGAUACCAUUUGUCUCCGAUCAGUUUGCCAAUGCUUAUUUUGCAGAAAAAGAAGGUUUCGCCAAAGUAUUAGGCUACGAAAACUUCACAGUUGAGAUUUUAUUACACGCCAUCAAUUCAGUCAUAGACAAUGCCGAAUUUAAGGAGAACAUUGAAAGGAGAUCUAUGAUUCUGCAAGACAGAGACCAAAGCUCUUUGAGGAAGGCUGUGUAUUGGGUCGAGUAUGUCCUGAAGCAUAAAGGAGCCAAGCAUCUCAGGCCAGCUUCUUUAUAUUUAAAUAUCUUCCAAUAUUUUUUGUUGGAUGUGAUUGCAGUUAUCGUUUUAUCCAUAUUGUUAUGUUUUAGCUUAGUGUUUUUCUUUGUAUAUGUAAUGAUAAAAAUUGUAAAACAUUGUAUUAGAAAUUCAAAACAAAAACGUGAUUAA